UGCUUAGUGCACACUUUUCAUUUCCCUAAUAACGUUCACUUCACUGCUCUCUCUCUCUCUCUCUCUCUCUCUCUCUCUCUCCUGUGCAGCAGUGACGAAUUACAAUGGAGAAAGGCGCAACUAAGAAGAAACCUCUCUCUUUGGAACAGUUCAUCUCUAUCACCACCCCUCUUCUCGACUUGGAAAAGGAAGCUGAGAUAACGAGCUCAAUCGCCACAGGUGCGUCCAGAAAUUUGGAUUCUGCUCAAAAGAGAGGAUCCACAAUCCUCAAUUUGAAGUGUGUGGAUGUCCAGUCGGGGCUUAUGGGAAAGUCGCUGAUUGAGUUCCAAUCCACAAAAGGAGAUGUGCUUCCUGCACACAAGUUUGGUACUCAUGAUGUUGUUGUUUUGAAACUCAACAAGGCUGAUUUAGGUUCUCCUGCUCUUGGACAAGGUGUAGUUUACAGAUUAAAGGACUCAUCAAUUACUGUUGCUUUUGAUGAUAUACCAGAAGAUGGUUUGAACAGCCCCCUAAGGCUUGAGAAAGUUGCAAAUGAGGUGACGUAUCGUAGAAUGAAAGAUGCAUUAAUACAGUUGAGUAAAGGAGUGCAGAAGGGUCCUGCUUCUGAUCUAAUUCCUGUCUUGUUUGGGGAGAGGCAACCAACAGUGUCCAAGAAGGAUGUAUCCUUCACUCUCUUUAAUAGAAAUCUCGAUCACUCUCAGAAAGAUGCAAUUUCAAAAGCCCUAUCGUCGAAGAAUGUUUUCUUGCUACAUGGACCUCCUGGAACGGGAAAAACCACAACAGUUGUGGAAAUUAUAUUACAAGAAGUGAAACGUGGAUCUAAGAUUCUCGUUUGUGCUGCCUCAAAUAUUGCUGUUGACAACAUCGUUGAGCGGGUAGUUCCACACAGAGUUAAGCUGGUGAGGAUUGGUCAUCCUGCACGUUUAUUGCCGCAAGUGCUGGACAGUGCACUGGAUGCUCAGGUACUACGAGGAGAUAAUAGUGGUCUCGCAAAUGACAUUCGGAAAGAAAUGAAGGUAUUGAAUGGAAAGCUGCUAAAAACCAAAGAGAAAAAUACAAGGAGGGACAUACAGAAGGAACUUAGGUCUCUAUCCAGAGAAGAGCGGAAAAGGCAGCAGCUUGCUGUUACAGACGUGAUUAAAACUUCAGAUGUAAUAUUAACUACUCUGAUUGGGGCUUCCUCUAAGAAACUUGACCACACUUCAUUUGAUUUGGUGAUAAUUGACGAAGCUGCUCAAGCACUUGAGGUAGCAUGCUGGAUACCUCUGCUAAAGGGUUCAAGAUGUAUACUUGCAGGGGAUCAUCUUCAACUUCCUCCAACCAUUCAAAGCGUUGAAGCUGAGAAGAAAGGCUUAGGAAGAACCCUCUUUGAACGACUUGCAGAGUUGUAUGAAGAUGAAGUCACAUCUAUGCUUACCGUCCAGUAUCGUAUGCAUCAACUUAUCAUGGAUUGGUCUUCUAAAGAGCUUUACAAUAGUAAGGUGAAGGCUCAUGCAAGUGUUGCUGCACAUAUGCUAUAUGAUCUUGAGAAUGUGAAGAGGACAUCUUCAACUGAACCAAACCUUCUUCUCAUAGACACAGCUGGAUGUGACAUGGAAGAAAAGAAAGAUGAAGAAGAUAGCACCCUUAAUGAAGGUGAAUCUGAGGUUGCUAUGGCUCAUGCAAAACGAUUAGUGCAAAGCGGUGUGCUUCCUUCUGAUAUUGGAAUUAUUACCCCAUAUGCUGCCCAGGUUGUUUUACUCAAGAUGUUGAAAAACAAGGAGAAUUCACUGAAGGAUAUUGAAAUCUCAACAGUUGAUGGUUUCCAGGGAAGGGAGAAGGAAGCCAUUAUUAUAUCAAUGGUUCGAUCAAAUUCAAAAAAGGAGGUAGGCUUUCUGAGUGAUCGCCGGCGAAUGAAUGUGGCUGUGACACGGGCAAGAAGGCAAUGCUGUAUUGUGUGUGACACUGAAACUGUCAGUAGUGAUGGAUUUCUAAAGCGGUUGGUUGAAUAUUUUGAAGAGCAUGGCGAAUAUCAGAGUGCAUCCGAAUACCAGAAUGAGUAAGAGAAAUUCCCCAAGGUGCGGAAGGUUAAGGUAUGCGUCUGGUCCGUAGAGUCUCCUGGCAGCCUCAUCAUAAGCCAUAGCAGCUUCUUCAGCAGUGGCAAAAGAACCAAGCCAUAGUCUAGUUCUCUUCUUCGGCUCUCUUAUCUCGGCGACCCAUUUUCCCCAAGUUCUCUGACGAACGCCUCGAUACUCACACGAUGCAUUUUGAGGACCACCUUUCCCUCUAGUAGGGCCUUUCUUCCAUGGUUUCAAGGGAGAUUUCUUGCAAUUAUCCAUCAUGAAGAUAUAGUUGAACAAGUGGAGGGGGUAGUGAUGCGUAUAUAUUAUCAGUAGUGGUUGGUGAUACUCGGAAGUGCAUGGUUAGGAGCGGGAUAUGUAAAGAACAAAGAGUGGAGGGGAGGUUGGUGUAAAUGUUUU